AUGCCGACCCUCUCAUUGAUUAAUUUCAAUAUCGUCUGUGCGACCCUAGGCGGUUUCAUCUCGCUUUUCGGACUGGUAUCUUAUCUUUGUAAAGAGCGGUUCUACCUCUCUGAAGCAUUGAUCUCAAUGCUAGCGGGGGUUGCGUUUUCACCUCACGCAGCUAACUUUAUUCGCCCUGAGGACUAUGCCUUGCACUCGGCAGGUAAUCUUGAAGCGAUCACCCAGAACUUCACCAGACUAGUUCUGGGCGUGCAGCUGGUUCUAGCAGGUGUGCAGCUUCCCAAGCGCUAUCUGCAGAUCGAAUGGCGGAGUCUUUCAUUGCUCCUCGGACCUGGCAUGGCGGCCAUGUGGAUCUGCAGUAGCCUAAUUGUCUGGGCUAUGGUUCCUCAUUUUGAAUUCCUUCAUGCCCUCAUUAUCGCGGCAUGCGUGACUCCUACGGACCCCGUCUUGUCUAAUUCGAUUGUCAAAGGCAAAUUUGCAGAUAAGAAUGUCCCGCGUCCACUGCAACGCAUCAUCAUAGCCGAGUCUGGGGCGAAUGAUGGACUGGGCUAUCCUUUCCUCUUCUUCGGUAUCUACCUGCUGAAAUAUGUGGGUAUGGGCGGAGAGGGAUACGGUGGUGGCGCAGGAAAAGCCAUGGGACUGUGGUUCUAUGAAACAUGGGCGUAUACCAUCCUUCUGAGUGUGGCGUAUGGCACUGCGUGUGGAUGGCUUUCGAGGAAGCUGCUUCACUGGGCUGAAGAAAGACGAUAUGUAGAUCGUGAAAGUUUCCUGGUAUUCGCCAUUGCCCUUGCGCUCUUUAUCCUUGGAACUUGCGGACUCAUCGGAACCGACGAUUUACUUGCCUGCUUCAUUGCUGGAAAUGUUUUUACGCAAGAUGACUGGUUUCGCGUUGAGACGAUGGACGACUCACUCCAGCCGACGAUCGAUAUGCUCCUCAACUUGUCCAUGUUCAUGUGGUUUGGUGCAGUUUGUCCAUGGUCGGAGUUUCUCAGGAAUGAUAUUAUUCCGCUUUACCGACUGGUCUUUCUGGGAAUUCUUAUCCUGUUGGUUCGUCGCCUCCCAAUCAUCUUGGCGAUGCACAAAUACAUCCACCAGAUUGAGCAUCUUACGCAUGCGGGCUUCGUAGGGUUCUUUGGCCCCAUUGGAGUCGGCGCAAUCUUUUACCUGUCUAUCUGCCGAGAGAAUCUGCUCGAGAUUGUCGUGGAUGGUGAGGUACGGGAAGAUGCGCAGAGGGUUGCAGAUGCCGCCAAGAUCGUCGUCUGGUUCCUUGUGGUCUGUAGUAUUGUUGUACAUGGACUGUCGAUCCCUAUCGGGAAAGCUGGCUAUCACCUUCCACGCACUCUGUCUCAGGCUAUUAGUACGCAAAGUAAAGACGACUCGGUCAAUGUCUCUAACUCGGCGGGGACUCACAGUACUGCCACUCCUCUUACUGAAAAUACUCAGUGGAGGCAGAACACCCGCCGACGCGCACAGCAGCGAGAGAAUACACCGAACUCGACGGUGUUCCGUCUUGGGGGCUCAGUGAUUCGUACCGGCUCUCCCUCCAGUCAGGCGCAGCCCGGUACAGGCAUGCAUGACGAACCUGCAAGGCCCGUCAACGUGAUAACCCAUGACCAAGUGUCUGCACCUGUGACUGAUGAAAGUUCUUGA